AUGAUGAUGAUGAGGAGACUGUUAAGAUGCAACUUCUUGUUCCUUCCAGGGUUAUUGGAUGUGUUAUAGGUAGAAGCGGCUCCGUCAUAACCCAAAUCAGGAAAAGAACCAAUGCCAGUAUCCGUAUCUCGAAAGGGAAUAACGUUGAUCUUGUUGAGAUUUUGAUCAGAGGCGAGAGACAUGGGAAAGCAGCUUGGGAAUGGUUUCUUCAGACAGAUUCUAUGGUUAUGAAAGCAAGAGAUCAUGGUUUGAUAUCAGUCAGUCCAUACUCAUAUGGAGGGUAAGUUUUGCAAACUACAACAAAGAAGUUGGCUUCUUCUUUAUCACUUUGUUUCAAAUGGUUUAAAACUUUUUUUUUCUC